UGGCCGCGAGUCUCGUGCCGAGGGUGUGUUAUUGUACAAACGGCCCUCUGACAAUAACUAGCCAUUAAGCGUGCUUUCACUUUUUACGGGCUCAAUCUUUUUCAUUGUUGAACUUAGUGUGAUUUGUUACUCAGUUGCCAUCGCCGCUUUCUUCGCCCGGUCCAGCAGGAAACAGCAGCGCCGUCAGCCCACAACAAAGACAAGACACAAGAAUGCCUGAGCAAAGCAACGACUACCGAGUGGUGGUUUUCGGAGCAGGUGGCGUCGGUAAAAGUUCCCUCGUCUUGCGAUUCGUCAAGGGCACUUUUCGCGAGUCCUACAUUCCAACCAUUGAAGACACUUACAGACAGGUGAUCAGCUGCAACAAAAACAUCUGCACGCUGCAGAUCACAGAUACAACAGGCUCGCACCAGUUCCCCGCGAUGCAGCGUCUCUCGAUCUCCAAGGGGCACGCGUUCAUCUUGGUAUUCUCUGUGACCUCCUGACAGUCGCUGGAGGAGCUGCGGCCCAUCUGGGAGGUCAUGUGUGAGGUCAAGGGUGGCAGUCUGGACGGCAUUCCCGUUAUGUUGGUGGGCAACAAAGUGGACGAGGAGACCACCCGAGAGGUCACACUGGCCGAGGGCGAGGCGCAGGCGCAGCGCUGGGGUUGCAGCUACAUGGAGACAUCCGCCAAAACCAAUCACAACGUCAAAGAGCUGUUCCAAGAACUGCUCAACAUGGAGAAGAACAGGUCCAUUUCGCUUCAGUUGGACGCUAAGAACCGCAGCGCCAAAGGGACAAGCAAGAUCAAGGAGAAGUGCAGCGUCAUGUGAGACUGGCUGCCCCCCGGCCUACAACGAAAGUAACUAACUAACUAACAAACAAACAAACAAAACAAAUCCCACACAUCGAGUGACUGACUGACUGCGAUGACUGACCGACUGCUGCUGCUUUUUUGAGGCGACCGAGAGCUGUCUGCGUGUGCGCGAAUGGUGUUGAGGACGAUCGAGUGAAAGAGAGUCGGCGGAUGCGAGUGCUGGACGAGCACGGUUACGGGUCUCAACCAGGGAUGGCCGCUCUCCCUUUCCUCCAUUAAGAUUAAUUGAUGCGCUCUCUGCAGGCAGGCACACACACACGCGUGCUCUGCCUUCAGCCGUGAUUCCGCGUUUGGAGACGGUAUCUAGAUGCUUUGUUUUAUUACGCUGCUGAUUACUCGUCAUUCGAUGGCGAACCCCUUGUACUACAAGGUUCUUUUACACUAUGAGUUAGAGGAAACUGGGACAGCCGCGCAUCGAAGUAAAAGCUUGUUUUAUCAUUCAACGAGCUAGUGUGGCUGUCGUUUGUGGAUUUAUGAGCGCGUGCAAGAUUUUUAUUGUACUCCGUGGGUGCCAGAGUGGAUGUGUUAUGCUUGAAAUGGGGCAUUUCGGAAAUUUAAUAACUCAUAAAACGGCUUCUCAAUGUAGAUCUUGUGCCUCACUCAGAGUUGUAAUUACCUUAUGAAAAAUAUUAUAUUACAAACGUUUUGGAUUCAGCAGAAACGGUGCUGUGUACAAAAUAAUAUUAUACACUUAUUAUAUCCUUGAAUGCGACAAAAACGUGCGAGAACAAGCAUUUGCGCAUUUUAUGCUUUUGAAUUCAAGAGUAUUUUUGUGAAGAUUCUUCGCUUCCAAUGUUUCUUGGCGUCAAAACAUCCAAAAGUACGCGAUUCUUCAUUCUUGAAUCUUUUUCGAUGGUGUUAGGAUCAUUCCUUUUGACGUGAUAUAUUUUUAAAACGUCGACACGGCCUGAAGUAUGAAAUACGUGUGCUUUAAUCUUAUUUCAUUCUCUCUGUACUAGUCGAAUAUCUAUAAUCUACCUUAUUGCUGGUCUUUUUUGAAGGAGUGUCUUCUGAAAUAAUACUUCUUCCAAUGGUAAAUAGAGUUUUUGGAAAUUCUUUUUGUGACAAAAAGUACUGCCCCGCCUGUACAAUUUCAUUCGUAUAAUAAUUAUAGUUUCCAUCAAUAAUGAUCAUCCACGUUUAAUUAUAAUUAAGUCUGUAUAGUGUCUUUCAUAAAUAGGGACUUCUUGUCGUCGUUUCAAUGCGAGUUGGCUGUUUCGUUUAACAACUUCCCGUGCUCCCGCUGCAAUAAAUUUUUCGGUUUUCUCUUGAUGUAUCCAUUUAGCUAAAUUCCAUAAGUGAAAAUCGAAAGUGAUGAAGCGUAUAACAAAAUAUAAUAUGUAAAAACCGUUAAAUAUCCUAUUUCAUGUAAUGGCAGUUUUAUGAAAGAACGAGGCAAUAAUGACGAAUAAAAAUAAUGGUUUGGAAAAAUGAAUGCGUAAACAAAGAGAAAAUUUCGUAAGAGUCGUAGAACGCGUAUUGCAUUUUUUGGUCCAUCCCUGGUCUUUUCUGUAAAUAACAAAAACGAAGGUACGAGAAAAAACGUGGUGUGCGAGGGCUGGUUCCUUAAAAGUUCGCACCACUCAAUAAUAAAAGCAAAUUGAAAAAUCGACGACUCUGUUUCUGGCAUAUCAGCUGCGUGUAAAUAAGUUACCAUACUCGCGUGAGACGAAUAUAUAUUGAUAAAACUUAAAUUCAAGAAAAGUUAAAUCUAGAGCAAAGAGGAAGAGAGAGAGAGAAACAAUUAAAAUGUUGCGAAAGAAUAUAUAGUUCGCCACUGAAGAAAAAAAUGUAACAAAGUUUAUUAUAUGAAAUUAAACUUAAGAAAAGCAUGACCCCAUAUUAUGUAAUCGAUAAAUUACCAUUAAUAAAGUUACUUCAUAUUCGCUAUAACAAAA